AAAUGAGUUUAUUAACAAAGAAAGGGAUGAUGGGGAAGGAAAAGGGGAAAGGUUUGUAUCUGACUAUUUGCCCCAACAUAUUGAACCCACUAGUUAAUUUCCUAAACUUAACUUGUCUAACUUAUUCAAGUAAAAAGUUUUAAGGAUAAGUCCAACAGGGAACCCAGAAUCUGACACACAAAGGUUUUGGUGGGUCAGGUAACAGGAAUCCAGCUGUUGAGUCCACAGAUGUUCCAGGAAACAGAGAGAAAGGCUCCUCCAAAAUCACUCUGUCCACCAGAAUGUACGGGGAUCUUUUUCUCAAUCCUUUUGACCUUAUUCUAAGGCAGACAGCUUACAAGAUGAGGUUGUCCAGGGAGAGUCCAGAUUCACAUCCUUCAACAGCUUGAAACUUUCACCCAGCCAGCUCUUAGAGAAUUCUGAGGCUUGAGGGCUGUCAAUCAAUUCUUUGUAGCUUCUUUGUACUUUGUAACUUUCCUUGCUCCACAGGCUAGUAAUUCUAACUGCCAUAUCUGGGAGUUAACUUCAGGCUACUUGUUAAUUUUCAUUGAUAAUUUUAAAGAGGUUAAUAUAAAUUGAAGUUCAUCUCUAGAAUAAGUUUAAUUAAAUAGAAAUUGGGUUUUAGAAAGUAGAGAAUAGUUUAAGGUGGUGUACCUUGGUGAACAAGAAGCAAAUCAGUGAGGAUUGAGAUUGGGGGGUUAUAUUUAGAAAUUAGAAUUCGGAUAUAUAUUAUCUAAUAUAUUAGAAUUAGGAUAAGAGUUUUCCUGUUUAUUCCUACCUUCUUUAUCCUAUCCCUGCCUCUCCUCAUAAUAAUAAGAGUUUGAUUAAACUGUGUCCAGCGGUUCAUCCACUGCUUCCAAAUAGGUUACCUUGACAGCUGCAGCUUAGCUAUACCACCUGAUCAGUAUAAAUUGGCCAUCAGUGUCCAAACCCCAUACAAGAUCAAUGUUACCCAUAACACUAGUAUAUUUCAGGCUAUUCUUAGCACUGGAAAUACAAAGAGAAGCAAAUAACAGUCCCUGCUUUCACUGAACUCACAGUCUAAUGGAAAAGACAACAUAAAAUAACUAUAUAGAAGCAAAAUAUCUGCAGGAUAAGUUGGAGCUAAUCAAUAGAGGGAAAGAACAAACAUCAAUAGCUAGCAUUUAUAUAAGAUCUGUACCUGGAGAUGAAGUAUGCACAUUGAUGAAAUUAUGGAUCAACUGAAGAAUGAAGUUAAAAUUAGGGGGUGGACUGGGGGUGGACUUUUUCACGACUACUUAAGAAUCAAAGCCAAGGAGCUUUAGUCUUUGUAUAGUCUAAAGCACUGGGAAUUAUAGACUGGAUCUGGGAUUUCACUGACAUAAAGAAAGCCCAGAAGAGGGACAGUCUUCAAUCAACCCUGGUGAAUUUUCCCUGUAGUUUAUAGUCUUGAAGAGUUGCCAAUGAGUGUUUAAGUGACUUGCCCAGGAUCACGCAGUUCUUAUACCAUAGAAAUAGGACCUGAACCCAGAUUUCUCUGUCUUUGAAGGUGAGCUCUCUAUACCAGGUUGCCUUUCAGAUAUGGUUUUUUUUUUUCUUUCUCUUCCUCCUUUUCUCUUCCUCGCCUCUCUAUUUGGCUUUAUCAAGAAUUUGAUUCAAAGCCAAAAUAGAAAAUAGACACUCAGUGCCCAGAUUAAACUAAAAAGAAAAAAAAAAUCUAUGUCCGAACCAAAAUACUCUCUUCCCUUCUCUUCUCCCCUCCUCCCCUCCCCAUUGCUUAGGGAAAAACCACCAGAGUUAAUUAAGGCUUACAAGUCAAAGGAAGGACGUGAGGCAAGGGACAAGGAGUCCUUGGCAGUUUCUUUUGGCUUUCUAAAAACGUCCAUUUGGAAGCUCAGUCUUUCAGGCGUCUUCCUGAAGACUCUACUGCACACUUCUGUGAGGUGCUAGCUAACUGCUCCACGAUGUUCGAGAUAGGGAAAAUCCUUUGAAGAGCGGCUCCAGCAAUAAAUAGGCAGAAGAAAGGGCAAUGGAGUCGGUGGAGGAGGUAUUUAAUGCCUUCCUCUCUCAAGCCCGAAAAAGUCCUCCUACUGUCUUCUCCGGUUGUUGUCCGAGUUGUGAAGAGACUGAGGAGCUUCCGAAAUGAAUGACAUUUGGGAUAGCGGUGGUGGGCGGGGGGCUGUCUCGGCAGUGUUAAAAAUGACACCUAACACAAGGGGUUUUCUUUCUAAACAGCCCAGCAAGAUCUCGGGAACUUUAUGGUUUCCCACCACGACAGAGAGGUGGAUGACUACAGCCGAGAAAGCCCAGCCUCUCUGUUGGUGGGGACUCUUCUCAGGGCCCCUUGCUGAUCACCUCUUCUGUCUGCAGCGCAGCUUAGAUCUAGUAAGGGCCCACUGUGGAAGGAACACACAAACUGUGCAGCUGGAGAGAAAAAGCAGGUUGGAGUUCUGACAGCUGGAGGGGUUGCGCAGGCAAGCAGCGCAUGCGCAGUGAGACAGAGGAGGUGGAGCCUGCCGGGAGAGGAGGCUGGGCUGCUGUUUAUUUGCAGCUGGAGCAACUUGGCAAGGCAGCAGCCAGGAGCCGAUCCGGGUGGUGGGUGGGUGAGCCGAUCUGCUGCCGCAUCAUGCUGGUUCUUCUCAGGCUGGUGCUACUUUCUGUCAGAGUCCCAGAGGGAGAGGAUGCCAGCCGCUCCGGAGCAGCCAGGGCAGCAGUGGCAACAGCAGGAUGGUGGUGACAACCUAUGCCAGCAUCGGAGGCGGUGGCAGAAGGGAUCUGGCUCCUUCGCGCCAGCGCCCCCAGGGCUGCUGCCUGGCGCCGGCGGGGGCUGCGCUGCUACUGACCGGCGUCUGCUGUCUGUGUUAUGGAAACUCCCUGCCUGGCGAGUUUGUGCACGACGACGUGUGGGCAAUUGUAAACAACCCCGAUGUACGGGCAGUUGCCCCCCUGAGCUGGGGCAUCUUCGCCAACGAUUUCUGGGGCAAGAGCAUGGCCGAAAACACCAGUCACAAAUCCUACCGCCCUCUCUGCGUCCUCACCUUCAAGUUAAAUGCAUAUUUGGCUGGCAUGAACCCAUUUUAUUUCCAUGCAGUAAAUAUAAUUUUACACUGCUUGGUGACUCUGGUACUAAUGUACACAUGUGACAAAGUUGUCUUCAAGGAACAUCGGCUUGCUUUUGUUACCGCAUUGAUUUUUGCUGUGCAUCCCAUUCACACAGAGGCGGUGACUGGCAUCGUGGGCAGGGCAGAUGUAUUAGCUUGUUUGCUAUUUCUGUUGGCCUUUCUCUCCUAUAAUAGGAGCAUAGAUCAGCUUUACAGCGGGGAAUGUGUUCCUCCUACGUCUUCUCCUUUCUUUCUGCUGCUCAGUUUGUUUCUGGGGACCUGUGCAAUGUUGGUCAAAGAGACUGGAAUCACCGUAUUUGGAGUGUGCUUAGUCUAUGAUCUCCUUUCCCUUCCUCACGACAGAGGUAAAUGGUACCUGACUGCAAACAGCAAUCAAAAUGUUCUGUGUGUCACAAGACCAUUUUUAAAAAGAGCUGCUUUGGUCAUCUGCUAUGUGGUUGUGACUUUAUAUUUCCGUAUGUGGAUAAUGGGAGGAUCCAUGCCAUUGUUCUCAGAGCAGGAUAAUCCAGCUUCAUUUUCGCCCUAUAUUCUAACAAGAUUCCUUACUUAUUCCUACCUUUUGGCUUUCAACACCUGGUUACUGCUGGCACCAAUUACCUUAUGCUAUGACUGGCAGGUUGGAAGUAUUCCUUUGAUUGAGACCAUAUGGGAUGUACGGAAUUUAGCCACUCUUCUCCUGGUUGUGGUGAUGCUGUUUCUGGUUCUGCAUUGCUUAACAGCAUUUAAGAACCUGGAAAAUAAUGAAGUUCUAGUUGGUUUGCUUUUUCUGGUUUUUCCAUUCCUUCCAGCCAGCAAUCUCUUCUUCAGUGUGGGCUUUGUGGUGGCAGAAAGAGUCCUGUAUAUGCCUAGCAUGGGAUACUGCAUUCUUUUUGUCCAUGGAUUAAAUAAACUCUAUACUUGGUUAAAUCGAUGUGGGGCUGCUACCUUGAUGAUGUCUACUUUGUUGCUUCUGCUGCUUUUCUCUUGCAAAACUGUGAAGCAGAAUGAAAUUUGGCUUUCAAGAGAAUCUCUCUUCAGGUCUGGAGUUGAAACUUUGCCCCAUAAUGCCAAAGUGCAUUACAAUUAUGCUAACUUCUUGAAAGACCAAGGUCGUAAUGGAGAAGCCAUCUUCCACUACAAAACUGCCCUCAAGUUGUAUCCCCAUCAUGCAAGUGCCCUGAACAACCUUGGAACACUGACCAAAGAUACAACAGAAGCAAAGGAGUACUACCAAAGGGCUCUACAGCUAAACCCACAGCAUAACCGAGCUCUUUUCAAUCUUGGAAAUUUACUCAAGUCUCAAGGGAAGAAAGAAGAAGCUAUUAUCUUUUUAAGAGAUUCCAUCAAAUUUGGUCCAGAGUUUGCAGAUGCUUAUUCAAGCCUAGCUUCACUAUUGGCUGAACAGGAAUUAUUUGAGGAAGCUGAGGAAGUUUAUCAGUCUGGAAUUAAGAACUGUCCGGAGAGUCCUGACUUACACAACAACUAUGGAGUUUUUUUAGUAGAUGCUGGGGCUCCAGAGAGUGCAAUGUAUCACUAUCAACAAGCCAUCCGUCUUAGCCCAAGUCAUCACGUGGCCAUGGUUAAUCUUGGUAGACUCUACAGGUCUUUGGGAGAGAACAAAGAAGCUGAGAAAUGGUACAAACGGGCCCUGGAUAUAACACAAACUGCUGAAAUACUUUCCCCACUGGGAGCACUAUAUUACAACACUGGCAGGUAUGAAGAGGCAUUACAGAUUUACCGUGAAGCUGCAACACUCCAGCCUUCAGCUAAGGAAAUCCAGCUGGCCCUGGCUCAGGUUUUAGCAAUGAUGGGGCAGACAGAAGAAGCUGAAACAAUGACCAACCACAUUGUGUCAGAAGAGGCUGGAUGCCUGGAAUGUUAUCGCCUAUUAUCAGCAAUCUACAGUAAACAAGAACAUUACUCCAAGGCACUAGAAGCUAUAGAAAAAGCUCUCCAGCUAAAGCCAAAGGAUCCUAAAGUCAUAUCUGAGCUUUUCUUUACAAAAGGAAACCAACUAAGAGAACAGAAUUUUCUUGAUAAAGCAUUUGAGAGCUAUCAAGUAGCUGUGCAACUGAACCCUGAACAAGCACAAGCCUGGAUGAAUAUGGGUGGAAUUGAACACAUUAAGGGACACUAUGUUUCUGCAAGAAGUUAUUAUGAAAAAGCCUUACAGCUGGUUCCAAAUAGCAAGUUGCUGAAGGAAAAUCUGGCCAAAUUGGAUCGAUUAGAAAAGCGAUUACAGGAAGUUUCAAGGAAAAGAUCAGACACAGUAGCACUUUGACGCAGGCCCUUGGGAUAAUUUGAACUUCCUGGGAGAAAGGAAACUAUGGGAGGCUUCAUUUUCACACCAGUGGAGACAAGACUUUGGUCAAGCUCAGCAUUCAGGAUGGCGUAUAUGGAGCCAUCCAUUGCUAACACUAGUGCAAUUAAAUUAGGUCAUAAAGAAUGAUCAAGAGAUUCCUAGCUGUAGGACGCUGUUCAAGUCACUUAACCCCCACUGCCUAGCCCUAAUUACUCUUCUACCUUGGAACCAAUAUGUAUUGAUGGUUCUAAGAUGUAAGGUAAGGGUUUUUAUAGAAGGAAGAAGGAAGAGAGGGAGGGAGGAAGAAAGGAAAAAAUGAUCAAGAUCAAAGAAAAUAAAUAAUUGUGCUAUAGGGAGCUCUCUAAACAUUGCUCUGUUCUAUCAAUUUUGAAAGCUCAAAUCCUUUUUUUUUUUAGUUAUUUGUGUCAAGAAAUUUUAAAAAGCAUUGGACACUUUGAAGGCACAGCAUCAGUUCCUAUAGAAGGGGUAAAGAAAAUGGAAAUGGAAAAUCCUGAGACUGCAAACCAAAUAGAAAAUUCCAUGGGAUAGCAAUAAAAGAUUUCAAAGGGGUAAUUUGAUUAAUCCUGAAGGCCAGUGUGAUGGUACCUUCAACUGUGAAGAACCUUAGAAAGAGUAUGGGGAAAAAAAAAGAUAAAGCAAGGGAAAGGGGGUCUAUUUUCAAAACUAUGAGGAGUAAACAAAGACCCAUUCUCUCACAGUUCUUUUUAAGGAGAUAAGAAAGAAAGAAACGAAUGGUAUAAUUAUUGAAAGGAAGUAUUACUUGAAUAUUUUCAUCUCAUUAAACAUGAUAUCAUUUUUGUAAUAGUACCCUCCAGUAUUUUAAUGGAGCUGUUAAAAUCAUAAAUAAUAUUCUUUGCUUUCAUUAUUGAUGAGAGUUUACCAUGUGUAGUCAUCUCCAGAUCUACCUAGCUAUAUUCUACCGGUCUUCUUGCCACUCGACUAUAAGUAGCCUCUUCCCUUUCUACCUCUUAGUCUGGGCACAGUAAUUAAAUCAGCACUACCAUUUCUGGAAAGGGUGUAGCUUUCCUCUAUGACUACACUCAAUAUUCCUAUGAUUUUCCAGAUUAAAAAAAAUUAUCCCUGGCUCCUACUAUAUAUGUGUACAUAUACAUAUAUAUCCUCACCUUGUGUGUCUCCUCCUCUAUUUGAAUGUAAAUUCCUUAAGGAGAGGAAUCAUCUUGCUUUCUGUAUUUUUAUCCCCAGCACUUAAUACUUAAUACAAGUGGCUGGCACAUACCAAGCACUAAAUAAAUGCUUUCAUAUUCAUUCAUUCAUUCUCCCAAAUAUUGACAUUUUGAUGGAAAAGUAGUAUAAUUUUGCAAGGCAUAGUUAAGAAUAUGAAUGAAUGGAAAUUACUUUAUUAGUUUAAUAUCAGAUAUCCUAAGUCUUGUUAUUUUUUGAGGGGGGGGGAAUAUUUAAAGUAUUGAUAAUAUUUUGCAGUCAAGCACAAAAGUAUUUUUUAAAACUUUAACAGAGAGCUCAAUUCACUUAUCUUAGGGUUAUUGAAGCUUUGUGACUAGAAUAUGAAAUGAAUUAGACCCAAAGGCCUUGUUUUAUUUGUUUUUGAAAUGUAUUUUUGAUUGUUGGGCUUUCUUGAAGAAUACACAGUAUGUUUUGUUUCAGUGAAUCUAUUAGGAAGUCUAAAUUGCUAAUUAGACACACAUACACAUCUUUUUCCAAGUGAAAGAGGAAGCAAAGUGAAACUCACAAUUUGAACUUUUAUUUUUGAGUGUUAUUUAUUUUUAACUUAUAAUAAAAUCUUUAAUAUAUGUAUGUACA